ACAAGCGAGGAAGGCCCCCGGCACAGGCCCCGGGUAUUUGUGUCAGCGCCGUCGCCGCCGUCCCAGCCGAUGGGUCGGGAUACACGCUCGCGCUCGCGGUCGGCUGGUCGCAGGGGUCGAAGGCAACGGAGCCGGAGCGGGAAUCGGAGCCGAAGUCGGAGCGGAAGCCAUGGGCGGCGAAACCGGCGUCGCCGAGACGACGAGGGGCGACGCAGACGGAAGCGGAGGAGUCGGGAGCGCAGGUCAGAUUCAGAAGAGGAGCGGCCACGGCGAGGCAGGCAGAGCCGGAGCCCCCUUCCUGCCCACCGGCGCGCCCAGAACCGCUCCUCUCAGUCUGACUCGAGUGAUGAGCAGCAGCAGCAGCAGCGGGGCCAAUGGCCUCGCCGGCAGCGGCGGCAACGGACACGUUCCUGGUCCCCAGGCUCCUCAGCGUCCAGCUCCGCAUCCAGGGACCACUCACAGAGUCCCCGGGAGGCAGCGGCGGCAGCCCUGAGCCAGCAACAGAGCCUGCAGGAACGCCUGCGGCUGCGCGAAGAACGGAAGCAGCAGGAGGAGCUGAUGAAGGCCUUCGAGACUCCCGAGGAGAAGCGGGCACGUCGGCUGGCCAAGAAGGAGGCCAAGGAGCGGAAGAAACGGGAGAAGAUGGGCUGGGGUGAGGAGUACAUGGGUUAUACCAACACCGACAACCCCUUUGGUGACAACAAUCUGCUGGGCACCUUCAUCUGGAACAAGGCCCUAGAGAAGAAGGGGAUCAGCCACCUGGAGGAGAAGGAGCUGAAGGAGCGGAACAAGAGGAUCCAGGAAGACAACCGUCUGGAGCUGCAAAAGGUGAAGCAGCUGCGGCUGGAGCGGGAGCGAGAGAAGGCCAUGCGGGAGCAGGAGCUGGAGAUGCUGCAGCGAGAGAAGGAGGCGGAGCACUUCAAGACCUGGGAGGAGCAGGAAGACAACUUUCACCUGCAGCAGGCCAAGCUUCGGUCCAAGAUCCGCAUCCGGGACGGACGGGCCAAGCCCAUCGACCUGCUGGCCAAGUACAUCAGCGCCGAGGACGACGACCUGGCCGUGGAGAUGCACGAGCCCUAUACCUUCCUCAACGGCCUCACCGUGGCUGACAUGGAGGACUUGCUAGAGGACAUCCAGGUCUACAUGGAACUCGAGCAGGGCAAGAAUGCAGACUUCUGGAGGGACAUGACGAUCAUUACAGAGGACGAGAUCUCCAAGCUCCGAAAGCUAGAGGCCUCGGGGAAGGGGCCAGGUGAGCGGCGAGAGGGGGUCAACGCCUCAGUCAGUUCCGACGUGCAGUCAGUCUUCAAGGGGAAGACAUACAGCCAGCUGCAGGUCAUUUUCCAAGGCAUCGAGGGCAAGAUCCGGGCUGGGGGCCCCAACCUGGACAUGGGCUACUGGGAGAGCCUGCUGCAACAGCUGCGGGCCCACAUGGCGCGUGCCAGGCUCCGGGAGCGGCACCAGGAUGUGCUGCGGCAGAAGCUGUACAAGCUGAAGCAGGAGCAGGGCGUGGAGAGUGAGCCGCUAUUCCCCAUCCUCAAGCAGGAGCCACCAUCUCCCGGCCACAGCCUGGAGCCUGAGGACCCAGCCCCCACCCCACCUGGGCCCUCGGAGGGCGGCCCCGCGGAGCCGGAGGCUGAAGGGGCCACGCCAGUGGAGGGCGAGGGGGACGGGGAGGCGGUGCUUAUGGAGGAGGACCUGAUCCAGCAGAGCCUGGACGACUACGACGCUGGCAAGUACAGCCCUCGUCUGCUCACGGCGCAUGAGCUGCCACUGGAUGCCCACGUGCUGGAGCCGGAUGAGGACCUGCAGCGCCUGCAGCUGUCGAGGCAGCAGCUUCAGGUCACAGGCGACGCCAGCGAGAGUGCAGAGGACAUCUUCUUCCGGCGAGCCAAGGAGGGCAUGGGCCAGGACGAGGCCCAGUUCAGCGUGGAGAUGCCGCUGACCGGCAAGGCCUACCUGUGGGCGGACAAGUACCGGCCGCGCAAGCCGCGCUUCUUCAACCGCGUGCACACCGGCUUCGAGUGGAACAAGUACAACCAGACGCACUACGACUUCGACAACCCACCACCCAAGAUCGUGCAGGGCUACAAGUUCAACAUCUUCUACCCUGAUCUCAUCGACAAGCGCUCCACGCCCGAGUACUUCCUGGAGGCCUGCGCCGACAACAAGGACUUCGCUACGCUCCGCUUCCAUGCCGGGCCGCCCUACGAGGACAUCGCCUUCAAGAUCGUCAACCGCGAGUGGGAGUAUUCGCACCGCCACGGCUUCCGCUGCCAGUUUGCCAACGGCAUCUUCCAGCUCUGGUUCCACUUCAAACGCUACCGCUACCGGCGGUGAUGGCCUGGCCCCCUCCUGGAGCCCCACGACCCAGAGGGGGCUUGUGCAGAGCCAGCAGCGCCCCCUGGCGGGGCCUGGUCCUCGCAGGGCGCCCCCCCCUUCCCUGCAUGGACAGGUCCCACUUCCCUGCGGAGCCUACCUGGGAACACUGAGGGGAUGCACAGGCAGAUGGGCCUGUGGCACUGACACACUGGAGGGGCUGCUAGGGGGGUUUCAGAGCCCAGGGGACCCGGCAGGUGUUGCCAGACCUCGGUCCCUGGGCUGACGCUAAGCCCCAAGCGAGACAGGCCCCAUGUCGGCCAUCUCAAGUCAGGGCCUCAGGGCUGGCAGGGCACUCACCGGCCCAGGUCGCUGACAGGUGGGUGUGGGACCAGUGGGACCCAGGCUCCAGGGCCUUGAGUGCAUGCUCCCCAAGAGGCCAUCCGGGGAUGUCUGAGCUCUCAGGUCCCCCAGCUCACCCCCUGUGCUGGCUGGGGGUCAGUCUCCUCCCCAUGGGCACGGAGGUCCUGUUACUGCCCACUAUCAAGUCUGGGAGCAAUAUCCUUCCAUAGCUGCCGCUCCGGGGGCCCCAUCUGGCCUGGGCAUUCUCUGGUCCCUUAAGGCUGCCACCCAGAGCCACCCUCCUUGUCCCCGAGUCUUGAAUGGGGACAGUGGAGAGUCUGACAGGUACAAUCUCUCACCAGGUCACAGACUGCCAGCGGGGCCCCAGGCCGGCCCCUGUCCCUGCCCCACCCCAGAAACAGACUGCUUUUUAACAAUUUCUUAUGGAGACAUUUCCAGCCUCAAGUGGGAAGAAGCCUGAAGGGCUGCCUCCACUCAGACAGCGUGGUCCAGACACCUUAUUUCAUCUGGAAAUAUGUACAUUUCAGGUUGUUUCUCUACAAAGAUAUUUUUAGGUGGGGGGUGAAAAAUCUUGUUUAUUUUCCUUUAAUUGGUCUACUUGUGAGAGUGCAUGUUUUUUAAUAAACAUUUUAUUUUAGAAUAA